UGAAGUGAGAUUCUGGUGCUCCAGAUAUGCCCCAAACAAACGCUCUCACAAUUUCAUUGUAAGCGUCAUUCGUGUCGUGUUUUUCAGUUCUUCGUCUAAACAGACAUUCGUUUCUAAAGUUAAAAAGCGUUGCUUUGCGUGCAAUCUCUCCAACAAAAUGUCUGCCGAAGAGCUCUCUAAAGAACAGGUUCAGAUGCUUAGAAAAGCAUUUGAUAUGUUUGAUCGGGACAAGAAGGGCCACAUCCACACCAAUAUGGUUUCCACUAUAUUAAGAACGUUAGGCCAGACCUUUGAGGAGGGAGACCUACAGGCGCUCAUCAUUGAAAUCGAUUCCGAUGGAAGUGGUGAACUGGAGUUCGAUGAGUUCCUGGCACUGACCGCACGAUUCUUGGUAGAAGAGGACGCGGAGGCAAUGCAGGAGGAGUUACGCGAGGCUUUCCGUAUGUAUGACAAGGAAGGCAAUGGAUUCAUCCCGACCUCUGCCUUGAGGGAGAUCUUGAGGGCUCUCGACGACAAACUAACUGAAGACGAAUUGGACGAAAUGAUUGCUGAGAUCGAUACCGACGGCUCGGGAACUGUUGACUUCGAUGAGUUCAUGGAAAUGAUGACUGGAGACUAAAACAUUGAAUCAAAACUAUUUACUAUUUUAAAAACAAGUGUUCAAUUAUGUGAAAACUUUAUUCAUUAAUGUAAAACUUUCCGGAAUAUCUGAAGUACACUAAAAAUUCAUUGAAUAUUGUUAUCAAUUUUAUCUAAGAAUAUGUUAUCGACUGUAUCUAAAAGUGAGAAACAUAUAAAUACAGUUAAACCCUAUUAUAUGUUACAUUUAUUAUGAUUUAAUUAUUCGCUUGGUUUUUGAAUUCGUUAAUUUUUGCACUUUUAUUACAUUUAUCUUUUGAGGCCAAAUCUAAAACUACUGAAC